UAUUUGAAAAUGUUUGCAUCUCGACAAAUAGUUUCACGCUUCAUGCAACAAACAGCACGUCGUUACCAUGCGGGUGAGGGCUUCAAACCGCCAACUAUGGAUGACCUGCCAGUUCCACGUGGCUCAUGGCAAGCAAAUUAUGAUGCACGCCAACGUAAAUACAAUGCAGCGCUGAUACUAGGCAUUGGUUUCUCAAUUGCGUCAGUAGCUGUUGCUAAAGCAAGUGGACUACUGUACCUGAACUUCUCACCCCCCAAAUCCUUGGACUAAGCGCCACCUAAAUGCAAUAUUACAGCUUUCAGAAACUCGCAUCAUUCACAGACACGAAAGUAAGGGAAGCUUAAAUAAAUCAAUAAAUUAUAAUGUAUGUAAUUAUAGGCUGUUUAAAUAAAUAGAAUUGAGA